CGUGUAUGAAAAUCUCCUCCAUACGAGACCACUUCUCUGCACAGUAAUCACACUAAUCAUGGGUGUGCUGGAAGCCCUCGACUCCUCGUGCUCCCUCCGCCGCCAUCAGGAAGCCAGAAAGGAUUUCACGCCUCGCCACACGCGACAAGCGAAAUGAUGGCUCUUCCAAUAGGGGAUUCUGGAAGCCACUUUAGCCAACCAGCGGUAGACAAUUUGUUCAAUGGGGUAAAAUGGAUCCAAUCGAUCAGCCCAUCCCACGAGCGAGCGAUGGAGCGUUGGAACUGGGAACUGGGAACUUGGCAGGCGGCGCCUCUGUGGUUUCUGCCACAGUGCCACUGUUCGCCGCCCCUGACUAGCAAAAACGGCGGGCUGCAGCCCAACGUCAAGACGCUGAAGCAGAGACGGGAAGCACGAGCACGAGAUCAGAUGAGAUGCGGUUACCGCUGCGUGUGCUGUGUGCUGUGUGUGACGUGGAUGAACACAACAUGGUGGGUGUACUGUAUUUACAUCUUCCAUACGCAAUAUACUUGCAGCAAAGACAGGCAGUCAGCAACAGCAAAAGAAUCCGUUGCCCUGAGAACCCAGCUCAAGCUUCACUUCCAGCAGAGGGCAGUGAAAACGGCUCAUUCCACCAGUGGCUCGUGUGAGAGGCCCCCUGAAGCGGUAGAAUUGGCAGCCAGCGGGUACGAGAUUCAUGUGAAAGCAGCUCAACAGGGCCAGAAGGCCCGUGGGCCAGUGGGCCACAGAGAUCGAUUAAUUGCGAGCAGGGACAGGCAGGACGGCGGGCCACUUGUUUGCUUCGGGCAUGUUUUUGGGGCUGUCUUUGGGGCUGUUUUUGCAGCUGUUUUUGCAGCUCGCAGUUCGCAGCUUGCAGCUCGCAUCUCGCCAUGGGAGAUGAUGGGGACUGGGCCAACGAAAGGCACGGAUGAGCCCCUGUCUCCUCGCGUUUUCUCGACCCCCAGCCCGCCGAUAUGCGGUCGCGCUGUGGUGCAAACUUGCAGUUGA